AUGGACCUCCCGCUGCGGCCCCCUCCAAGACCACGAUCGCCCUCAGGAAACCGCUCGCAGUCGUCACUUUCACAGACUUCGAUGCGCAGCGAGUCCAGCCUUUCCAACGCCUCCAACGAGUCCAUUCAGCCAUCCGUGAAUAAUAAUAAGCGCUCUCCCUACUUGCAACAGCAGCCUCCCGUCCGUCCGGCCACCGCUGGAGGUCUCACACCAUCGCAGAGCACCAGCACGCUCCAAAAUGUCCCUCGACAUGCGACUCGAGGCUCCGCAGAUAUUACCACACGGACCGCAUCCCCGGGAAUGCCAGGCCAGCAAUUUGGUCACCGCGCGAGACAGCACAGCCAGGGAUUCUUCGAACCUUCUCUUCCACACGCGACUCCGAAUAGCAACAGCCUGUCCGCGUCGCAGAUUGCGGCCCAGGCUGCCAUGCACCAUGUUUCGCCUCCCUCGCGCGAGAUCAAUGAGCGCAAACGCUCAAAUCCCGGUCUGGCUCCGAUCAAUACUGGAGGGCCCGCGCGCAGCCGGCGGCCAAGUGACAACCAGAGUCCUCAGAUGUCGUCGAUUCCGGGACUCACUUACAGCAACGGGACCGUAGGUGCCAACAGACUCGCCGCUACAAGUGCCGCGAACGCAGCCUUCCCCAAUGGAAGAACUCCACUGCCUUCACCAAAUGCGCCUCCUCCGCCGAAUAUGCUGCCUCUUGGCCCGCCACCCGACAAGGAGCCAAAAUCGAGUCGCUCCAAGAUGAAGCUCUUUAAGCCCAAAACCAUCAAUCUCUCCAAGGAAAAAGAAGCGAAAGCGGCGCCCGGUGCACCGUCUCCUGGGAAGACGCCAACAACCUCCAAUUUCCUACGGAGUGGCUUUGCAAACGCCUCUACAACUAGCCUCAUCGACCCGAGUUCCGCCGCGAGCUCUCUGUAUUCAUCGGCCAAUGCGUCUACCUCUACUCUGGUUCCCAUGAUCUCCGAGAAGGACAAGGAAAAGAGGCAUCACUUCUUGUCGCGGCAGAAGCACAAAUUGCGAGAUGAACCUGCCCAACUACCGCUGUCGUCAGCGCAUUCCAACUCACAGGCAACGAAUCCGGACAAGCCUGCGCCUCUGUAUUCAUUCACACCGGACUCUCCCGCGCAGAGCACUUUUGCCAAGUCAAUGUCUGGGUUCGAUCUGAGACACGGCGGCCGAGCAUUACGAGAGAAGAAGAAGGAAGAGAAAGCCGCAGCGGCUGCAGCAACUCUGAACUUGACGCAAGUAACAUCCAAUACUUCAGGGGGGACAGCCGAUCAGUUCCUUGGACCUAGCAGCUUUGACAAUCCACUCGGCCCGCCAUCAGGGAAUGCCAGCGUAUUCUCCCUCCCCGCCGAAACCCCAUUGCCCGUAUCUGCUCAAGCCUUUAGCAACAUCGGUGCGCAAAUGGGUCUGCCUGGGAUCGGGCCGGAUGAUGCUUGGCCGCUUCUGAAGGCGAGAUUACUGAAUCUCUUCUCGGGGGAGAAUCUUCGGACACCGAUAGAGGAUUUCAAUGCCCUUGUGAGCGUCCAUGUACGGCGCUGCAUCCAACGCCGGUCACCGAUUGUGCUAGUCGAAGACGUCAGGGAGCUAUUACAGACAGGAUUCGUUUCUCUUGCGCAAACACUAAGAGGAAUUCCAGACGACAGACUAGUCACGAAUCUGGUCGAGAUGUGGAUUGGCGUCUAUGGUGCAAUUCUGCCUUUUCUCCAGGCCGUGUUCCUACCUUUGGAGCUGGAAUUCCAGGGUCGUGGCAACCUAAUGACAGCGCGAGAAGCGCAAGAGUUCUGGGGCGUAAUUCCGGAGUCCUUGAAACAUGACGAACGGCCGGCGUCUGCUGGUGGCGGCAGCAGCAAAGCGAUGCAUCUUUCUGACGAGCUUGAGAUGAGGAGAAUCACGCUCAUUGCAUUCCGGGAUACGGUGAUACUGCCGAAGCACGAGGUGUUGAUGCACAUUUUCAGCAGACUGUCCCUCGACAGCUUCAACAAUCCAGCCUCUGCUUCUGAUACUGCGUCCAAAGGUCGAGAGCACGCCAGGAGUGAUCCCGCAACGACGGGUGCCGAGCGACCUGGUACAGCGGGAAGUCUUAGCCCGCGCCUAGCUAGCUUCAAUUCGCAAGCUUCGACCCUGUUGGAUGCCGCGAGCACAUCGUCCGGAGGCGCUAUGAGUCUGGCGAGUCGAAGCAGAGCGACAUCCAACACAUCAGCCGGCAGCUUUGGCACAAGCAUGCCUCACAUAACCUCGCCGCUGAACUCUGGUCCGGGAGGCUUCAGCGCUACGAGCCAGCCCCAGUCGUCACCUGUGCCCAUCGCAGACCCUGCGCAGGUCACCGAGACGGUGGCUAGAAUGCUGCAGUGCCUCUACGUGCUCGCUUCGUGCCAGACUGGCGAUGUGGCGCAAGGUAAUAUCGAGCGCCUCACAGGAGCGCUGAAGUACAACUGGCUAGGCAGGGGUAGAACAGGAAGAGACAGGAGAGGAUGGGUUGGUAUCAAGUCUGGACAGCGCGUGGGCCUCGUGAGAGCGUAG